AUGACAUUUCGUCGACCACAUCCCAAUCGAAUAUCUCGUGGGCUAGCGUCUAAUCGGGAAUUGGAACUGGAGCAGGUAAAUCAAGCUUUGAGAGAUGAUGAAGUUUCAAUCAAUAGGUCGAAUGAGAAAUACAUAAAUGAGCUGGAGCGCAAAUAUAUCAGAUGUGAGAAAGAAAUCCAAUCUCUCAAUAAAGAACUGGAACAGCUCGAGGAUGCUUCAGAGGAAGAAAAGCCAGAGUUGAGAUCAGAGAUAUCGUCCCUUAAAAGAAGCUUAUACCAAGCCACAAAGGAGAUUCAAGUUAUUUCUUCCUGGAGAAGCUCUCCAAGUUUAUAUAAUUCGGAAGAGGAAGAUACAGAUAUGGCGAAUCUUGACCUUUUUAUACAAAUCGAUCGAGGCUUGAAUCAUAUUGAAAAUCAUCUUAGAGGUGGUACACCAUUAAAUAAUCCUACUAAUAUUAUACAAGGCAUUAGAGACGCCAACCUUCAGAAUUGA